UGACGUCAGGCAGCGAGGCAGAGUUUGGUGCUGGGGCUGCCGGAGCCUUCUGAGAAAUCUCGUGGAGUUUGUAGUUCUUGCUCGCAGCUGCUGCCUCCUCUCUCCCGCGCCGCUGCCGCCGUGAUCCACCGGGGAGACGCCGGGUUAUGGGCUGCUGAAAAUAAAAAGAAAAAGACAAAAAAACAGAGCUUACAUUUGCAAGGCGCGAGGUAAGCGUCGCACGUUCUGCGUUGCCAAGACCGCACGAAAGCCAUGGGCAAGCAGAACAGCAAACUCCGCCCCGAGGUGAUGCAGGACCUGCUGGAGAGCACCGACUUCACCGAGCACGAGAUCCAGGAGUGGUACAAGGGCUUCCUGAGGGACUGCCCCAGCGGCCACCUGUCCAUGGAGGAGUUCAAGAAGAUCUACGGCAACUUCUUCCCGUACGGCGACGCCUCCAAGUUCGCCGAGCACGUGUUCCGCACCUUCGACGCCAACGGCGACGGCACGAUAGACUUCCGGGAGUUCAUCAUCGCGCUGAGCGUGACGUCGCGCGGCAAGCUGGAGCAGAAGCUCAAGUGGGCCUUCAGCAUGUACGACCUGGACGGCAACGGCUACAUCAGCAAGGCCGAGAUGCUGGAGAUUGUGCAGGCAAUCUACAAGAUGGUCUCCUCCGUGAUGAAGAUGCCAGAGGAUGAGUCCACUCCAGAGAAGAGGACAGAGAAGAUUUUCCGGCAGAUGGACACCAAUCGUGAUGGCAAGCUAUCCUUGGAGGAAUUCAUCAAGGGAGCCAAGAGUGACCCGUCCAUCGUGCGCCUGCUCCAGUGUGACCCCAGCAGUGCUGGCCAGUUUUAAACACAGCCGACCAGGCACAGUUGCUUUUUUGGGUUGACCGACCCAACGUGUGUCAGGUGUUUUACCAGAAAUCACCCCCAGCCCUCCCCCUCCCCCCCAGCCUUAACCCUGCGGAGAAACUGACAGAAAAGACCUUCAAGCAAGUAUCAAGCACGAGACCCCAGCAAGGAUCAUAGAUUCACGGGGUGAACCUCGAGAGAAGAUGGACACCCCAUCCCCCCCCCAAACCCCAAGAACCUUCCUUGUGAUUUCACUACUGACCAUAACCACCUGUUGAUUGGUCCCGGUGCUGCACGCUUUCGCGCUUCCCCAGUGCUCUGCAAGACUCAACCACAACAGCACACUCAAGCAUGCGUGAGACAUGAACAGACGUAGGUAUGUUCCUGGAUUUGGAGAUAGAUGUGGGAUCUGACCCACUGAAAGGUCAUGAUUUGUUUUCUUUCCAGUCCACUCUACGCAUGAUAUACACAAAUGUCCGUUGAGCAUUCUAUAACCACAGAAGGACCACACGCCUUGCUAUGCAUCUGUUCCUGCGACUGCACCGGCAGAGCGAGGACGAGCUUCGCUUGGUCCCUUGGCUUUUCAGCUUUGCUUUCAUGUGCAUUUCAGAGCUCCGCGCGUCAGCGGUGAUCGCGUGGACUCGCAUUUUUUCCUGCGGUGGAGUUUGUUUUGCAACACCGCAUUUCUUUGUGCUGUCUUAGUUAACGGGUAAGCUGCUCAAAACAAUGGUGUGUCAGUGUCUGGAGACACUGGGGCCAGUAUUUUUGACAAUGUUAUUUUAAAGCAGAACAAUGCUGUCGCUUAGAUCAUUUAACAUCUACAGUUUUUCAUCAGUAGACUCCAGUUGCAGUGAGAUUUAGUGUUUUUUGUUUUUUCCCUAAGAGCUUCAAAGAGGUAGUGAAGCAUGCAUGUGUUUUCUUUUUUAAAAUCUCUGCGUCAAGCAGGGAAAAAAAACCUUUACAUCCAGUUUUAAAUGUUUUUAAAUGGUGCAUGUGAGGUUUUUAGUGUUUUUGUUUGUUUUUUUGUAGUUUUGAGAUUUGCAUACGUGUGCAGAAGGGGGUGGUACCUGUGCAUUUUAUGCAGCCGUGUUUGCGAUGCGCAGAUACACGGGUGCACCGGUGCCUUCGUCGUGGCGUGUGGUCACUGCCCCGGGUCAUCGCUACAAGUCACAGGGGUGUGUUCACCAAGAUGGGGGACGCCCAGCAUCCACGGCCAGGCCAUGAGAACGUGCCACUGACACAUGCGCGACACGGGUGGGGUGGGGUGCCGUGGCGUGGGGGUGGGUGGGUUCUUUUCCGGCUGCUUGUCAUGGCUUUUUGUCCACACGUGAGGCUGGAAGCAUGGUCACCUUCCGUGCUUGUUGAACAUCCGUGAUAAUCAAACGUGAAACCCAUCAGGGUUCUGAGCCAACCAGAAAAAAAAGAUAAAGGAGAGGAAAAAGUAAGAAUCCCUCCCCAGGGCUGACACUCCUCCUGUGUCUGGGCUCUGGCAAUCAUUUAAGAAUCCCGGGAAAACAGAUCUUUUCUCCUUCCCCUUGGACAUAGCUGAGAUUCCAACCCUAAACUCAGUGGUGUCAGUUACUGCAACACUGACGAUUUGGACAAAUUUGAAUGUUUUUGAAUAACUGCUGUUUUGUAUUAAACAAAAUUAAGCCUUUGAGAACAACUGCAACUACUGCAGCGACAUUGAUGGUUUCAAGUUGUGCUGUUUUUUAAAAUUUUAAAUACUGUAUCAGGUGAGAUAUUACACACAUCAGCAUCAUGUGGUCAAGUGCCAAAUAUACGAAACCAGUAUUGUAUAAAUUUAUACUGUACAAUUGUUAUCUGUCGAACAAAAUGUUUGUAAUUGUUGCAUUUGUAGAUUUUGUAUGGUAACCUGUAUUUUGUGACAGUGUAGUUUUUAAAAAUAGAUUUUUGUUUUGGUUAUCUUAUAAAGCAGCAAUAUUUAAAAAAUGUCUGUUUAGUGCUUUGGCUGUGCGUUCAUGCUGUUUUUAAAUCCUGAUAACACAUAAAUGGUGGAACGUUUAUUUGUCAAGAUGUAAUUAUAAUCAUAGCUUCUGUAGUAUAGACUGAAUCCAGCACCUUACAAAGUAACCAACUUUGAAUGUGACGCAGUGUUACCGUAUCAUAAAGAUUUGCCGAGCUGGAAUCUGCUUAUGCUCACAGAACAGUGAUUUAGGAUUUCUGCCAGGAUGUUUAAAAUGUUAAAGGCCAUUAGUAAUACAGUUACGUGAUUAAGUGA